UCCACCAUUUUUGUGCCAGUGACCCAGAGGGAAUCCUUUCUCAUCACUCUCCCUCGUGUUGAAGUUUACUUCAAUUCAAAGUUCAACUUCAACCCGUCAACGAAUCAAUGUUCUUCUCUCUUUCUUCUUAAAUUUGCUAUCUAAAUUACUAUGUCCCCAGAUUAUUGUUAAUUACUAUGUUCGAUCCUGGGGACGUGCUUGCCUUUCAGAGCUCUGGGAUUCCAUGGCUGAUUUGGAUUCAGCUGGUGGUUCUGUUUCUCCUCGUCGCUCUUCUAUAUUGUUUCACCGUCUUCGCCUUGGAUUCCUCCGACGAUGCCUCCACCGUCGCAGCCACGGAGGGCCCCACCGCUGCUGAAUCUGCAUCUACCAGUCGCUUCCUUUUCGAUGAGAUUCGACAGGUAGAAAAACCCAGUGGUAAACACGAUCCCUCGACCACUACUUUCGUAAUCAACCGAAGACUGGAUACACAGGGGGGAGAGAAUCGCAGUAUAAAAGGUGAAGUAUCAUCAGGAACAACGAGAAGGAUAGUGAGUGCAGAAGAAUUUGGAGAGAGGGAGGGUUCCUCCCGGUUCCACCCUUGCCAUUAUUUCCAGUUAGCUAGGGUUGCCUUUCUCAAAUGUCUGGGUUUGGACCCUGCACCUGACUCCCCUCCUACCCAAAGAUGCAGAAAACCAAAACAAAGCUGAUUCUUACUUCAUAUGUUGUCAUAUCAUUAAAUGAUCCCACGAAUUUAUCAACAUAAUUAGCAUCAGUUUUAUUCAGUGCUCUGUAUAAUCUUCCUAGUUCCUUACUUCUGCUCGAAUCCGAAUUUCCCAUAAUGGUCUCACGCUCAUCA